AUGAAGAGAUUCUUGGGUUGGAAGUUUAUAAGUGUGUAUUUGCUAGUGGUGAUCUUGUUUCCUGCUGAAAGUGGGUUGGUCUCCAAAUGGCGGCCUAAGGAUCGGAUGAAAACAGGAUGUGUUGCUCUUGUUUUGUGUUUGAAUAUCAGUGUGGACUCACCCGAUGUUAUAAAGAUUUCACCUUGUGCCAGGAUUAUAAGCAGACUACAGAAUGUGCAGAUAUGUUGGGCAUUUUCUAUCUAUUUGGAAGCUGUUGCUAUUCUCCCACAGUUGGUUCUGCUGCAGCGAAGUGGAAAUGCUGACAAUUUGAUCGGUCAAUAUGUUUUCUUUCUUGGGGCAUACCGUGCAUUGAAUAUUCUCAACUGGAUUUGUCGGUAUCUCACACAACCCCAUUUCAAUGGAUGGAUAUCCUGUUUCUCUAGCUUAAUACAAACAGCUCUUUAUGCUGAUUUCUUCUACUAUUACUUCAUAAGGCUUUAUGAGGAAGGGCAUUUACGUCUUUACUCUUCGCCUGGGUGGUAG